AUGGCGUCGUCUGCAGAAGCACAUGAGACCAAAGCCAGGACCACUAAAUCCAAAGCAAUUCCCUCGAUUGGUGAGAAAUACUCCGACCGUGGAUUAAACAAGAAGAAUAAAAACAACAACGAUAAUGAUGACGACGACGAUGACGACGAUAAUGACGAAAUAGAGCUUACGAAAAGAACGCAAUACGAUGAAGCCAGGGAGACCGCCGAGUCGUUGCAGAAAUUGGAGUCGAUAUUGGCACCCCUUUUCUUCACUUUGCUAUCAUUCUUUGUCAGGUUUUACCGAAUCUCGGUCAACUCAAGCGUGGUUUGGGAUGAAGCGCAUUUUGGCAAGUUUGGCUCCUACUACUUGAGGCACGAGUUUUACCACGAUGUCCAUCCACCCUUGGGCAAGAUGUUGGUGGGUCUCUCUGGUUAUAUUGCCGGCUACAACGGCUCGUGGGACUUCCCCAGUGGAGAAGCAUACCCGGAGUACAUUGACUACACCAAGAUGAGAUUGUUCAAUGCCACAUUCUCGGCAUUGUGUGUGCCUUUUGCAUAUUUCACCAUGAAGGAGAUUGGAUUCUCGGUUUGGACAACGUGGUUGUUCACCUUGAUGGUCACUUUGGAAUCCUCCUACGUGACCUUGGGUAAAUUCAUCUUGUUGGACUCAAUGUUGUUGUUUUUCACGGUUUCCACUGUUUUCUGUUUCAGCAGGUACCACAAUUUCAACACCAAAGAGCAAGAGUUUGGAAGAAAAUGGUGGAAGUGGUUGUUGUUGACUGGUGUUUCCAUCGGGUGUGUGUGUUCGGUUAAAAUGGUUGGUUUGUUUGUUACAACUUUGGUUGGAAUCUAUACAGUUGUCGACCUUGUCAACAAGUUGAGAGACAGGUCUAUCUCUUGGAGAAAAUAUGCUGGUCAUUGGGCAGCUAGAACAAUUGGGUUGAUCUUUGUUCCUAUUGCAAUCUUUUUGCUUUGCUUUAAGAUCCAUUUCGACUUGUUGUACAAGUCGGGCACGGGGGAUGCCAACAUGUCGUCUUUGUUCCAAGCCAACUUGCUCAACUCUGACGUUGGCGGUGGCCCUAGAGAAGUUUCGAUUGUCCACUCCGUCGUCACUUUGAAAAGUCAAGGGUUAUCGGGAGGUCUUCUCCACUCGCACGUGCAAGCUUUCCCCGAAGGCUCGAAACAACAACAGGUCACCACCUAUGGCCACAAGGACUCCAACAACAAUUGGGUUUUCCAAAGAGCCAGACCACAGCCAUACUACGACCCUAGUGGCAACAAGACUGAUAUUGAGUACAUCAUCGACGGCAUGCACGUUAGAUUGAUGCACCCUCAAACGGGAAGAAACUUGCACACCCACGAAAUCGCUGCUCCCGUUUCGAAAAGCGAAUACGAGGUUGCUUGUUACGGUAACUUGACCAUUGGCGAUGCCAAGGAUAACUGGAUUGUGGAGAUUGUUGACCAGCAAGGUACGGAAGACAAGAUGCGCUUGCAUCCAUUGACCACCUCGUUUAGGUUGAAAAACGAAGUCUUGGGGUGCUAUUUGGGAGUUUCCGGAAACACUUUACCGCAAUGGGGUUUCAGACAGGGCGAAGUUGUAUGCUACAAGAGUCCUUUUAAAAAGGACAAGAGAACUUGGUGGAACCUUGAAAAUAACCGAAACGAGAUUUUACCUCCCGCUCCCAAGGAUUUCAAAUUGCCCAAGACUAGAUUCAUUCGUGAUUUCAUCCAGCUCAACUUGGCAAUGAUGGCCACCAAUAACGCCUUGUUGCCCGACCCCGAUAAGCAGGAUGACUUGGCCUCUUCGUUCUGGCAAUGGCCAACUUUGAAUGUUGGUAUCAGGAUGUGCGGCUGGGGUCCCGACAAGCCCAAAUACUUUAUGAUUGGCUCUCCAGCUACAACUUGGACGUCGACAAUUGGUGUCCUUGCAUUUGCCUUUAUCACGCUUUACUAUAUUGUCAGAUGGCAAAGACAAUUUACCGAUUUCCCUGCCAACGAAGGCUCCAAGUUGCAAAAAUUCAUCAUGGGAGGAAUCUACCCCAUGCUUGGAUGGGGAUUACAUUUCACUCCCUUUGUCAUUAUGGGCAGAGUCACCUACGUGCAUCAUUAUGUGCCCGCGCUUUACUUUGCCAUGAUGGUGUUUUGCUACGAAGUCGAUGCGUUUGCUUCCAUCUUCAACAGACCCAGGGCUUCUGCAACUAGUAAAUUGGUCUACGUUGGAAUAUACUUGGUGUUGUACUUUUUGGUUGCGUUCACUUUCUAUUAUUUCAGAUACUUUUCAUGGGGUAUGGAGGGUGACAAGAAGGAUUGGAAGCAUUUGCAGUUGAUUGAUUCGUGGAGGGUUUCUGACGAUAAUUACAAGUAA